AUGUACCAAAUCGAAGAGCAUCUGGCACCGUUACCAGGCGCUGUUACAAACUCACUUUUGGACGAAUCUAGUUCCGACGAUGAUUCCUGCGUUGAAAUUACGUCUGUUGUCGAUGAAAAUGAAAAUGAAUUAAUUAAAUGGACUACUUAUCUACAACUUAAUUCGGACAGCGACGAUGAUAGCGAUGAAAAUUAUUCUUCAACUCAACCUGCACCACUCGUUAAUUAUUCAUCGUCAGAAUCAUCCAGUGAUAAUGAAAACUUAUUAUAA